AUCGACACGCGCCUUCACAGACACUUUCUCCAGCCUCCCUCCCCCACCCCACGGCAGCGCCGCAGAACGGAAGCGUGCUCCAUUAUUGGUGCCCAGCGCCGUUGCUCCUCUUCCUCCCUCACCAUUCACCAAACACCAAUCACUCAGCUGCUUCUUCUCGUUAGCCAACCUAGCUUCUUCACCAGAGAGCAGAGCAGAGCAGAUCCAGAGUCAAGGCGGCGGCGGGGAGAGACGGGGUCGGAGAGAGAUGGCGGGGGUGGGCGUUGGGACGGGGGCGAUGAACUCCCUCCUCGGCAAGCUCACCGCCUUGCUCAGCGACGAGUACAAUCUUCUCAAGCGGGUCCGCAAGGAGAUCCAGUUCCUCAAGUGCGAGCUGGACAGGAUUCAGGCCUUUUUGCACAUACUGGCGGACAUGGAGAAAUUCGACGAUCUGACCAAGAAAAGAAGAGAUAGCUUGCGCGACCUCAGCUAUGAGAUGGAGGACUGCAUCGACCGCUUCAUGGACCGGCUUGGCAACAGAGACGCCAAGCGAGGGUUCAUAAAGAGAACUAUGCGUCGCCUCAGGACGAUGUGGACACGACAUGACAUCGCAAAUCUCGUCAAAGACCUCAAAGCUCGCGUCAUGGAGGAGAGUGAGCGGAAUGAAAGGUACAAGCUUGAUGAGAGUUACUAUAGUGCAACGAGGACGGUGGAGAUAGACCUGAGGAUUACCACGCUCCACGAAGAGGUCAAUGGCUUGGUGGCAAUGGAUGGCCGAGUGAAGCACAUUACUGCCUUGUUGAUGGAUGAGAGUAUGGAGCUGAAAGUGGUGCCGAUUGUCGGAUCUGGAGGGUUGGGGAAGACGACCCUGGCCAUGAAGGUCUAUCGCACGAUUGGAGGAGCCUUCCAAUGUCAAGCAUCUGUGUCUGUGUCACGCACUCUUGAUCCGGUGAAGCUGUUGAAGGAUAUUUUGUCUCAGGUCGAUGGAGAUGCGUAUAAAGAAUGUCAGAGUUGGGAGAAAGAACAAGUAACCCGUAAAAUCAAACAGAUCUUGACCGGAAAGAGGUACUUCAUUGUUAUUGAUGAUGUAUGGAAAGAAGAACAUUGGAAAUUGCUCAAGUCAGCAUUUCCUGAGAAUAAUAAUGGUAGUAGAAUAAUUACUACUACACGCAUUACUGAUGUAGCUAAUGGGUGUUGUUCCAACUCUAGUGGUCAACCCUAUAAAAUGGAACCUCUAGAUGAUGUUGCUUCUCGGAAAUUGUUCUUCAAAAGAAUUUUCAGCUCAGAUGAUUCUUGUCCCGCUGAACUGAAAGAUGUUUCUACUAGGAUCUUAGAAAAAUGUGGCGGUCUACCACUGGCUAUAAUUACGUUUGCAAGUUUGCUUUCCAAUAAGACACAUAAGAAGGAUGAAUGGGAGAGACUGCAAGAAUCCAUUGGUACUGGUCCUUCGCUUGAUAGUGAUGGGAACUUAAAAGGGAUGAAAGAUAUAUUGUUACUUAGUUACUGGGAUCUUCCACACCACCUGAAGACUUGUUUGUUGUACUUGUGUAUAUAUCCAGAGGACUGCAGGAUCAAGUGUGAAGAACUGAAAUGGAAAUGGGUGGCUGAAGGAUUCCUUGAUAGACGAUGGGGACGUCUAGAUGAGGUAGCAGAGAACUGUAUCAAUGAACUUAUUAAUAGAAAUAUGAUCCAGCCAAUUGAUAUUGAUGAUGAUGGUACUGUGAAAUAUUGUCGAGUCCAUGAUAUGGUGCUUGACCUUAUCAUAUCUUUAUCAGAUGAGGAGAAUUUUGCCACUGUAUUAAAUGGACGUAUCUGCAAUUCUUUUCCAAGCAAGAUUCGUCGUCUGUCCAUGCAAUCUAGUGGCAAAGAGCAUAAAGGGGCAGUUGGGGCAAUUACAGAGACCAAGAUACAUAUUCGCUCAUUGACUGUGUUUGAGUCAGAUAAGCCGAUAGUACCCCAUCUUGUGGACUUCCAUGCUUUGCGGGUGUUGGAUCUUUUUGGAUGUGAUUCGUUGGAAAACAAGCAUGUAAAACACAUAGGUAGUUCGCGUCAGCUGAGGUAUUUGAGAAUUGGCUAUUCUAAGAUUACUGAGCUUCCUGUUGAAAUCGGAAAGCUGCAGCACUUAGAGACUCUCGAUUUGAGAUGCUGUUAUUCACUUCUAAGAGUGCCAUCAACUGUUGUGGAGUUGCAGAAAUUGGUACGCCUGUUUGUUGGCAAUAAAACACAAUUACCUGCAAGUGGGUUCCGGAGUCUGCAAGCCUUGGAGGAGUUACAAUUCAACGAAACUGACGACCCUGUGAGAUUCGCUGAGGAAGUAAAUGAGUCAGGCAAAUGCAACCUUCGCUAUCUUCACACUGGCGAAGUGAUGGUCAAGUGUCUGCUCUGUAACCCAUGCAGCACCUACCCGUGCCUCCAGGUUCUUAAAAUUCAGCCAGCUAUUGGAAUGGUUCCUAGGGGAAUAGCCUCUCUCAAGAAUCUGGUGAAACUGUUCAUGAUUGUCAAUGAAUUUGAUCAAGAGGAUCUCCAAGCCCUUAUGGGCAUGCCUUCUCUGGCCCAUCUUCAGCUAUGCGUUAAAUGGGCCAUCAAAGAAGAAAAGCUGACCGUGGGUAGUAAUGGAUUCAAACUGCUAAAGUUCUUCGACUUCCAAUAUUUGGAUACCAUGUUUCCUCAUUCUUUCGAGGAACCAAUGUCACCGGGUGGACUGCGGCUAACAUUUGCACCAGGUGCUGUGCCAGCACUCCGACGGAUCCGUUUUGACUUGGACCCCAUGUGGGUGGCGUUAGACUUUUUUGCAAACUUGGGUGUCGAAUAUUUUUCAGUCCUUGCACACCUCGAGAUCGUAAUUAGUUGUUUUCAAGCAGCUCCAGGCAGGGUGAAGGCUCUGGAGUGUUCCAUUGAAAAAGUAAUCAAAUUGAACCCUGACCGUGAAAUCUGUGUCAGGAGAAUCGCAAAAGAUCAGAUGAUGAAGGAUUUGCUCGAUCGUAUGCUGCAGCACCUCAAUUUGUAAUAGAAUUAGCUGCAGUCAUUGUUUUCAAUCUACUAAUUCGUGAAUUGUGUGUUGAGACUUACUUGGAUUAGAUUUGUCUUUUAUUUCUUCAGUUUUUCUUCUUCUUAAACUUAAUAUACGCAUUUGGCUUGACGUGAGUUGUUAUGCGUGGAGUACUGCUAGCUCCAUGGGGAUAAAUGUGUGGGUGUUUGUAAAAUUGCACUUCUUAUCACCUGGCAGUUUUGUUGUGGACAGACUUUCUUAGAUUGACUAA